AUGUCUGUCAUCCAUUACCCAUCUCAAACAUCGGUAUUGCCAGCCCCAUACACCGGAUCUUCCAUCUUCGAAGACCAGACUCCCCUGCCCGCCUCCAGCCAUGCCGGCUUAUCCCAAACUGCCAUCAUAAUACUCAUUUCAACCAUCCCCAUCGUCUUGUGUUUCGCUAUCGUAUUUGGAAUCGUGCGUGUUGUGCGCAGGCGGAAUAAGCGCAUUUUGCAGGCGAAGCGGCAGGCUGAUAUUGAGAGGCGCCUUAGGGAUAGGGGUGAGGGUCGAGAGAGAAUUGGUGGGAUGGGAAUGCCAGUGCCGAGUAGGAUGGUAGCGAGGUACGAAGGACCGCCUAUACCGAGGGCGGAAAGAGGUGAAGGAGAAGUAAGAGAUGUGGAGUGA